AUGCCUCUGACAAUGUAUGCAUGCUCAGUUAUGAUGAACCUUGUCACUGUUGCUGCAUAUGAGAAUUUUGUCAGAGAUGCUGACAUUUUUCCUUCAUCUCCUGAAAUUCUAAGAGGAACCACCCUGAAACUGCUUUGUGUUCUUGGAAAUCACUAUAUAUCUCACAGGAAUGCAAGCCACAUAAUCUGGAAAUUGAAUCAUGAACUGAUCUCUGAGGAGAACUAUAAUGUUGUCAAUGAGACUGUAUCUAGUGUAACCAUCCAUAAUUUCACUUACAAUAGAGCAUGUGUGAAAUGUUUCCUUAAUUAUUUAGGCAAAGAACAACUUUUGGUGCACACUGAAGCUAAAUCUGGCUUUCCACCAGACAGACCAGGAAAUAUUUCCUGCAUUUAUUACUUUAGUGUUAAACUUGCUUGUAAUUGGACUUCAGGAAGACAAACGGAUCUUGAAACCAGCUAUACUCUUUAUAGGAAAAUCAUGCAUAUUUAUUUUCUUCCCACUUCAAUUAAAUUCUGUGAAAGCAAAACUGAGUCAUGUUCAUUUGAUUACCCAAAUAUUCCAUUUAGCAGUUCCACUUGCUUUCAGGUGAAAGCUGAAAAUGCUUUGGGUGAAGCUGUAUCAAAAUGUGUUCCUAUACCCUUGGAAAAAAUAGAGAAAUUUAACCCUCCUGAAAUACUUUCAGUACAAAACAUUGCUGGUGUAAAGCAAUUGCUUGCUGUAACCUGGAAAAAACCUGAAAAGAUGCUACCUUCUCAAGACAUAAACUGCCGGGUUCGAUACAGAAACUUGUAUUCCAACUCUUCAGAAACUGUUGCUGUCAGACUGAGUUUCAGAGAGAAAAUAUCAUCGCUUAAUCUCACAGGCUUAUGGGAUUCCACAGAGUAUGCAGUUGCUGUGCAGUGUAGAAGUGUUGAAUCCAAAUUCUGGAGUGAAUGGAGUAGAGAAAAAACAGCAAGCACAGAAGAGAAAGCACCUGUAGAAAAACUGGAUUUGUGGAGGGUAAUUGAAUCUUCACAUUUCACUAAAAAUAGAACUGUACACCUCAUGUGGAAGCCAUUAAAUCACUUUCCACCACCUGGGAAAAUUCUAGGCUACACAGUACAAUAUUUUCCAGAAAACAGUGCUGCUCUUAAAAUGAUGAAAAUCACUACUGAUAAGAAAAUUAUUUUGUUUGUAAAUGAAGGGGCAUAUAUAAUAUCCGUUACUGCUUAUAAUUCUGCUGGAGAUUCUCCAGCAGCUACAUUGAGGAUUCCGUCUGCUGAUGAAAAAACUUCUCAGGUUAUUGAAAGUGUGAAGACCUUUACAGCAGAGGAAGAAGUGGUGGUGGAAUGGAUGGCUUCCAGAUCAGAAAUAAGCAGAUAUGUUGUUGAGUGGUAUGAAGACCUGGAGAUGGAUUCUUUUCCCAGAUCAUGGCAAUAUGUAUCAAAUUCUACGAACUGGAGAACUAAUAAGAAAACCUUUAAGCCAUUUGUAUGCUAUAACAUCUCAGUGUAUCCUCUCUAUGGAAAUAACGUAGGAGCUCCAUAUUCCAUUCAAACUUACAUUCAAGAAAAAAAACCCUCAGAAGGACCUAUGGCUGACACAGGCAUUCCAGGCAAAAAUGAAAUUACAAUUAAAUGGAAGGAAAUUUCAAAGGACAAACGAAAUGGCUUCAUCACUAGUUACACAAUAUUUUAUAAACCUGAAGGUGGUGAAGAAUUGAAUGAAACAGUGAACCCUGAUGUUCUGCAAUACAGACUGAAGUCCUUACAAGCAAAUACCCAAUAUACAGUUCAUAUCAUGGCAACCAAUGAAGCUGGUGGAACCAGAGGAGAAUGAAAAACCUUCAAGACUUUGAAAUUCAAUGAAGAAGACAUUAUUUUCAUUGCUAUACCUGUUGGAUUAAGUAUGUUGUUUUUAUUAAUCCUUUGGAUAAUAUGUAUUCUUAAAAAGCACAUGUUUAAGAAAGUUUGCUGGCCUGAUAUACCUAAUCCUGCAGAGAGCAUUGCAGUAGAAUGGCCUGCUGAUGCGUUUAUGAAUAACUCAGUCUUCAAGGGAGUAACAUCUGAGGAUAAACCUAUAGAUGGCUUGGAAGAUGUAAGUGUUUUGGAACCCUGUUUUCCUGAAGAACAUGAACACUCGCUACUCAUGAGUCAUGAAACACAUGUUUCAGAAUAUACUGAUAUUAAUACAAAAGACUCAAUUAACCUAGAUGAAAAGAUACCAUAUAAUGAAGGACACGAAGCUGCCAACUCUCUUUCAGCCUCCAUGCCUUAUACCAUUACUGAUCAAGAUUUCAGAAGUCAAGUUCAGUUUUCAACUUUGAUGCCAACUGAGGAAAUCCAACCCAUAGAAAUGCUGGAAGAUGAUGGUAUUAAUGAAUUCCAACAUACUUCACAUGAAAAUGAAGAAAGGAAGGAAGAAGAAGUUUCAAACCUCUUGGAUUUCAAUGAAGAAGCAGUGUUCAAUCCAUACCUUAAAAAUUCUGUUAAUACCAGGGAAUUUCUCAUUUCUGAGAGCUUGCCAGAACACAAUAAGAAUGAACCGAAAAGCCAGUCAAUUGCCAUUUCUCCUUUACAGCCAAAUAUUGUAGGACAAUCCUACAUAACACUGGACAUGUUUGGGUUGGCCACAGCUCGUUAGCAAGAGAAACCUUUCUGUCCAAAGUCUCUUUUGAGAUUUA